AUGUCGACUAUCAUGAGAACGCUGCGCAACUUGCGCUCAAUUGGCCUCAAGGAAUAUGGCCACCAAAUGCAGUACAUGGGUGACACCAAGGCCGGUACCCUCGUGGGCCAGGAUCGUUACGGCAACAAGUACUUUGAGAACAUGGAGGACCUGCCCUUGAGAACGAGAUGGUGCGACUACAAGGACCAGGAAUUCAACCCUGACCAGAUUGAGCCCGGAUGGCACGCAUGGAUGUCAUACAUGGUCGACAAAGCACCAUCCCAGGACCCCCUCCUUCAGAGACAAGUUCGCCCGUGGGAGCCUGCAGAGCACCGUCCCUGCUUGACCUGGAGCAGAAGUGCAUACAGACCCUUCAACACUGUCAAGAACAAGUACCAGCCAUGGACCCCAGUCGCUGCUGCUAGAAGAUAAGCGAAUGCAUGCGCGGCUUUUUCUAGGGUUUAUUAGCGGGAAAGGCGUGAAGGAUUGCGGUCUACGCCUUUCCGAUUAUUGAGAGCUGAUAAGAGAAUGGCUUUUGCGUCGCGGCAUGCCUAUCUCUGCAGGUGAUAUGACUGGAAUCCUCACCCAGCGAACCAAUUAAAUUCUCUUUGUCAAUACCAAAUGGCGUAUAGCGGUCUGUUAAUAAAUUUUGCCGUAUCCGAAUUGCUCGUCUUUCGU